AUGGGGCUGGAGAAGCUCCGUGUGGGAACCCUGCUCUUCUCUGUCUUUGCAAGGGUCGUGAUACCAGCAGACAUGAGAGGGAAGGUGUUUAUUUUCCCUCAAGAAUCAGCUACUGCCCACGUGUCCCUGGUCCCUCUGGUGAGGAAGCCUCUGCAGAACUUCACCUUGUGUCAGGCCUUCAAGGACCUCACCCGCCCUUAUAGCCUCUUCUCCUACAGCACCCCAUCCAAGGACAACGAGCUGCUUCUCUUUGUCAACAAAAUGGGAAAGUACAGCCUAACUAUUGGGAAUUCAGAUGCCAUUUUCAGGGCACCAGUGACUCCUUAUGCCCCUAUCCAUGUUUGUGUGAGCUGGGAAUCUGCCUCUGGGCUUGCUGUCUGGGUAGAAGGGAAACCCUUGGGGAGAAAGGGUUUGAUGAAAGGGUAUUCAGUGGGGGCCCAAGCAAAGAUCAUCUUGGGACAAGAACAGGAUUCCUUUGGGGGUAGUUUUGAGGAAAAUCAAUCCUUUGUUGGGGAGAUAUGGGAGGUAUCCUUAUGGGACCACGUGUUGCUGCUGAAAGAGAUGUGUGAAUGGAGUUACAGUGGUAACAUCCUGAACUGGCAGGCUCUGAGUCAUGAACAAUGUGGCUAUGUGGUGACUAAGCCCAAGCUGUGGGUUUAG